UUGCCUCUUCCACAGCUGUCCUGGACAGCAAUGAGCGGCUCACGGCGGAGGAGAUGGAUGAAAGGCGACGUCAGAACAUUGCCUACGAGUAUCUCUGUCACCUGGAGGAGGCCAAGCGAUGGAUGGAAGCGUGUCUGGACGAGGAACUUCCUCCAACUACGGAGCUGGAGGAAGGGCUGAGGAACGGCGUGUACCUCGCCAAACUGGGCAACUUCUUCGCUCCCAAGGUGGUCUCCACAAAGAAGAUCUAUGAUGGUGAACAAACCCGAUACAAGGCCACCGGGCUUCACUUUCGGCACACGGACAACACCAUCCAGUGGUUCAACGCCAUGGGGCACAUCGGCCUCCCCAAGAUUUUCUAUCCUGAGACUACAGAUGUCUACGAUCGUAAGAACAUGCCCCGAAGUAUUUAUUGUAUUCACGCACUCAGCUUGUACCUCUUCAAAUUGGGACUAGCUCCCCAGAUCCAGGAUCUUUAUGGCAAAGUCGACUUCACAGAGGAAGAAAUCAACAACAUGAAGAGCGAACUGGAGAAGUACGGAAUCCAGAUGCCGGCGUUCAGCAAGAUCGGCGGAAUCCUCGCCAAUGAGCUGUCGGUGGACGAAGCGGCCUUGCACGCUGCUGUUAUCGCCAUCAACGAGGCGGUUGACAAGGGGGUGGCGGAGGAGACUAUGGCAGCGAUGAGGAACCCCAAUGCGAUGCUGCAUAACCUCGAGCCCAGCCAGGCUUCCGCGUACCAAAGCACCCUCAGCGCAGCCAAGCAGGAGAAGACAGCAAACGCCAGGAACAAGAUCACAACAGAGAACUCCACGUCCGAGAGAGACGUCUACGAGGAGCUGCUGACUCAGGCCGAAAUCCAGGGCAACGUCAACAAAGUCAACCUGCAAAUCGGCAUGCUGGGCGUGGAUUCAGCGCUGGAGCAGGGGGAUGCCGAUGGAUUGUAUCAAGCUUUGAAGUCACCGGGGCUGAGCCUGCGGGGAUUACAGGAAGCCAACAAGGAUUGGUACUUCAAACAGCUGAUGGCAGACAAGCAGAUGAAAGUUCAGGGGCAAGGCUCGAAUGAGCCUCUCCGGAAGGAGGAGUUACAAUAUGGAGUCGACCGAGCCAACGAGGAUGCGACUAGAUAUCUGAAGAUGCUGGAUGCCGUGGCGAGAGUCAACGCUGCGAUAAGGAAGGGUGUGCCGGAGGAGACGGUGGCGGGACUGAUGGACCGCGAUGCACAGCUGCCCGACGUGUACCCGUUUGCGGCCGAGCUGUACCAGCGGGAAUUGUCCACCCUGCAGCAGCAGAGCAACGAGGGUAACCUGUCGCACGCUGAGCUCUCUGUGGCUGUGGAGAUGCUGUCCUCUGUGGCUCUGAUCAACCAGGCACUGAACGCAGGCAACACCGCUGGGGUGUGGAAGCAGAUCAGUAAUUCCGUGACGGGCCUCACCAACGUGGACGAGAACAACGAGCAGCGGUAUGUUGACGAGCUGCUCAGACUGAAAGCCCAGGCACGAGAGGACGGCAAUGAGUUUCUGACGUGGAACGACAUCCAGGGCUCCGUGGAUGGGGUCAACAUGGUGGUGCAGGAGGAGCAUAACAGAAUUGUGGCAAUCGGGCUGAUAAACGAAGCUGUGGAUGAAGGGGACCCUCAGAAAACACUGGAAGCUCUGCUCAUGCCCUCCGCCAAGCUUGCCGACGUGGAACGUCCCGUCGCUCAGCAUUACCAGGAAACUCUGAUCCGGGCCAAGCGAGAGAAAGCGCAGGAGAUGAUGGAUGACUCUGCUGUGCUCUGGCUCGAUGAGAUCCAGGACACCAUCUGGAAAUCCAACCGGGAGACACAGGAAGCUGCCAAAUUUUCACAGGGGCUGCUGCACAUCAAUGAAGCGGUGGAUUGUGGUGACACAGCCCAGACACUGAGCGCUCUGCGUUCUCCCGAUGUCGGCCUGUACGGAGUGACCUCUGAGUGCGACGAUACCUACCAACAGGAGCUGACUGAAGCCAAGCAGCUCAAAAGGACAGAGGGUGACAAUGGCAGUGAUUGGGUCAAGCACUGGGUAAAGGGAGGCUAUCACUACUACUUCAACCUGAGCACAAAGGAGGGCACCUGGGAAGAGCCAGCGGACUUCGUCCAGAACAACACACAGCUGAGUAAGGAGGAAAUCCAGUCGACCAUCUCCGGAGUGACCGCUGCCUAUAACCGAGAGCAGCUAUGGAUGGCCAACGAGAGCCUGAUUGCGAAGCUGCAGGCGAGGUGCAGGGGUUACCUGGUGCGGAGGGAUCUGUCCAACCGCCUGCAGUUCCUCAAGAAACAGCAGCCGGCUAUCGUCUGCAUCCAGUCCAACUGGAGAGGUUAUAAGCAGAAGAAGACGUAUAAAAAUCGAAUGCAAUACCUGAAAGACAAUGGAGAGUCUGUAGUGAAGAUUCAGUCGAUGGUGAGAAUGCACCAGGCAAGGAAGAGAUAUCGCGAUCGGCUCAAGUACUUCAAAGACCAUGUCAAUGAUAUCGUUAAGAUACAGGCUUUCAUCCGAGCAAACAAAGCCAGAGAUGACUACAAAACCCUCAUCAGCGCUGAGCAGCCCCCCAUGGCCGUGGUCAGGAAGUUUGUCCACCUGUUGGAUCAGAGUGACCAGGAUUUCCAGGAGGAGAUGGAGCUGAUGCGGAUGAGGGAGGAGGUGGUCACGCUGAUCCGCUCCAACCAGCACCUGGAAAACGACCUGAACCUCAUGGACAUCAAGAUCGGCCUCCUGGUCAAAAACAAGAUCACACUGCAGGACGUGGUUUCACACAGCAAGAAACUGACCAAGAAGAACAAGGGGCAGCUGUCUGACAUGAUGAUGAUGAACAAGCAAAAGGGAGGCCUGAAGGCACUGAGCAAAGAGAAACGCAAGAAGCUGGAGGCUUACCAGAAUCUCUUCUACCUCCUCCAGACCAACCCGACCUACCUGGCCAAGCUGAUCUUCCAGAUGCCGCAAAACAGAUCCACCAAGUUCAUGGACUCUGUCAUCUUCACGCUGUAUAACUACGCCUCCAACCAGAGAGAGGAGUACCUCUUGCUCAAGCUCUUUAAGACGGCACUGCAGGAAGAGAUCAAAUCGAAGGUGGAUCAAGUCCAGGAGAUCGUCACCGGCAACCCAACCGUCAUCAAGAUGGUAGUGAGCUUUAACCGGGGUGCCCGGGGCCAGAAUGCACUGCGCCAGAUGCUGGCUCCUGUGGUGAAGGAGAUCAUUGAGGAGAAAUCCCUCAACAUUAAAACAGACCCAGUCGAUAUCUACAAAUCCUGGGUCAACCAGAUGGAGUCACAAACAGGAGAAGCCAGCAAACUGCCGUACGACGUGACUCCAGAGCAGGCCCUGAGCCACGAAGAGGUGCGCACACGGCUCGAUACCUCCAUCAAGAACAUGAAGGGAGUGACAGACAAGUUCCUCUCCUCCAUCAUCGUGUCGGUGGAUAAAAUCCCCUAUGGCAUGAGGUUCAUCGCCAAGGUGCUCAAGGACUCCCUGCACGAGAAGUUCCCAGACGCGACAGAUGACGAGCUCCUCAAGAUUAUUGGAAACCUGCUGUAUUAUCGCUACAUGAACCCAGCCAUUGUGGCCCCCGACGCCUUUGACAUCAUCGACAUUUCAGCAGGCGGUGGCCUGACCACAGAUCAGAGGAGGAACCUGGGAUCCAUCGCCAAGGUCUUACAGCACGCUGCUGCCAACAAGAUGUUUGACAAAGAGAACUCGCAUCUCAGCUCCAUCAAUGAAUACCUCUCUCAGGCCUAUCAGAAGUUCAGGCGUUUUUUCCAGACCGCCUGUGAGGUCCCCGAGCUGGAGGAUCGCUUCAACGUUGACGAAUACUCGGACCUGGUGACGCUCACCAAGCCGGUGAUUUACAUAUCCAUCAGCGAAAUCAUCAACACGCAUACGCUGCUGCUGGAUCACCAGGACGCCAUCGCCCCGGAGCACAACGAUCCCGUUCACGAGCUGCUGGAGGACCUGGGGGAGGUGCCCACCAUCGAGUCUCUGAUCGGUGAAGGAGGCGCAAGCCCAAGCGAUCCACACAAAGAGCAGCUUGCGAAGACAGAAGUCUCUCUCACCCUCACCAACAAGUUUGAUGUCCCUGGAGAUGAAAACGCAGAACUAAACGCCAGGAGCCUGUUACUGAACACGAAGCGGCUGAUUGUGGACGUGAUCCGGUUCCAACCGGGCGAGACACUGACGGAGAUUCUCGAUACUCCCGCAACAACAGACCAGGAAAUGGACCACCAGCGGGCCAUGCAGCGCAGGGCCAUCCGCGAUGCCAAGACCCCCGAUAAGAUGAAGCGGGACCAGGCGCUGUCCGCCAGCAACACCCUGUCACUGACGGAAAAGAAGCAAAAGAUCCAGCAACAGCUGAAGAGGCUGACGGAGCUCGGCAAAGUCAACCCUGAGAACCGCUACCAGGACCUAAUCAAUGACGUAGCCAAGGAUAUCCGGAACCAGCGGAGGUACCGGCAGAGACGGAAAGCUGACCUGGUACGGCUGCAGCAGACCUAUGGUGGCCUCAACUCCAAAACCAGCUUCUUCGAGGAGCAGAUCGACUACUACAAUCAGUACAUCAAAACCUGCAUGGACAAUCUGGCCAGCAAAGGAGCAAAGAAGGCGGGAGAUGUGAAAGGAAAGAAAAACAAACAAGGGGCACAGCGAUACACGGCAUCCAGGCUGUACGAGAAGGGCGUCCUCCUGGAGAUUGAGGAUCUGAAUAUCAACCAGUUUAAAAAUGUCAUCUUUGACAUCUGUCCGACUGAGGAGGUGGGCGACUUUGAAGUCAAAGCAAAGUUUAUGGGGGUGCAGAUGGAUUCCGUCAUGCUUCACUAUCAGGACCUGCUUCAGCUCCAGUACGAAGGCGUCGCUGUGAUGAAAAUGUUCAACAAGGCAAAAGUCAACGUGAACCUGCUAAUCUUUCUCCUGAACAAGAAGUUCUACGGGAAGUAGAGACGUCUUGGUGCUCCAGUGGCAAGACCACGGUAUUAUCUCUCUGUUUAGGCUUUAAACACAGAAGCCAGCGUCUCUCGCCCCCAGUCCGACAAACGGCGACAAGCACAGCCAGCACACAACGAUGAGUUCCAUUUCUGCAUUUUUCUAUACCUUCAACAGCCGGGUUCUGUGUGUUCAUUAUCACAGGUGUCUUUGUAAGGCAACAAACAUUAAAACACAACCUCUUAUUUUUUAUAGAUUAUCACUAUUACCUUUAUGCUUUGUUCUUCCCCGGAAUUUUAUUUCUUAAGUGUAACAGAAAGCUUUUUUUGUCUUCUCUUCUGUGUGUCUUCAUUAUUUUUAUACCCUGUCAACAGAACACUGUAGGUCCACACAAUAGUUAUUGGUUAGACUACUGGGUGCCACAGUGCAUUGGAACCAAAUUCAUGCAACAAAAAUGAGACUGUGCUUAGACCAUACGUUAAAUUUGGUUUAUGUAUAUUUGCAACUCAGUAUUUAUGGGCUUUGAAUUGUCCCCUCUGGUCUCCUCUUCCCUGAAUACUGGUUGAAAAUUUGAGUAUAAAGUGGUGAAUGGUGAACAAUGUCAAAGAGUGUUUGCGCCUGAGGAUUCACCACGUGACAAAGCCGAGGUGACUGCAGAGGCAACGGGUUAUUCAACCAAAAUGUCUGGAGACUAAACGGUGGUUUCACCAAUUUCUGCCAUUGUUAUCACAUGUCAAUCAGCAAGUGUUAGUGGCCUCCUAACUCUGGACCCUCCUAACAAAUGCCACAAUUCUUGGGUUUGUAUCCAUACAAUCAGUGCCGGGUGCAGCUUUCCUGUAGUGCUUUGCUCUCAGAUCCGUGUGACGAGGCGUUUGGAGCCUGUGGAACACUGGAAACAUCUGUACGUCCUUCACUCUCAUUUUUCCUUCUUCUCUUAAGCAAUGAUGCUAUGUCUUACCGUGGCAAAACAGGAUCCUUUGCUCCUUGCUUGUUUGAGUCGCUCCACACUAAUAGUGCUUACACCGCUUGCCGUUUGAAGGAGGCAUGAACGAGGCUUGUUAAAUAAUCCUAAAAUGUAAAUAAUGUGUUUUGAAAAGAGAAUCUUCUGUGAUCCUCCUUUCAUCUUUAUUUUUCCUCCUGGAAUCUUGUGUAAAUAUUUCAGUCUGACCUGCAUUUCUUGCGCCACGUGCCAUUUCCUGGGAUUCUUUCCUCUUUCACGCUGCCGGACAAACUGCUCUGAGUCCUUCCCACUGUCAGUAACACAGCCCACUCGGGCACCCAUUACUCGGGUUGAAAAUGGACAGCCUGGAUGCUUAAUUGUGGUUUCUGUUUCUUUGUGGCAAUAAACUCCUGCUUGGAUUAUUCACUCUCUGCUACAACUGGGCCGGUGCUGUGUGGAUAACAAACUAAAUAGGUCCACAGUUCUCCAAAAACACUGCUGAUGACAGACCACCCAGCCUGGGUGGGUCAUUGGCUUAGAUGCUCCUAACCAUGGAUGAUGGGUUUCCACCUGACUGCUACCAGAAAUUACAAACGCCAUGUACAACUGCAAGCAGUGUACAACCUCCAUGCCUAUACAGCAGUGAUUCACUUCCUCCCCCCACCCCCACUUUGCUCAUCAUGCCAGCAGAUUCCAGAGAGUGAGCGGCCCAGUCACCAAGUGCCUCUGAAUUACACAUUAUUUGUAGAAUUGUGAGCUACUAAAAAUAAAGAUGGAGUUUUGAAA